UAUAUGUGAAAAGAGCACCAAAUAAAGAGUGAAAUGAGCACCAAAUUUGUUUAUAUGUGAAAUAAGAAAAUAAAUAAUGUCAUCACACCGAACAACAUGAAGAACACAAAAAGGUAAUAAAUGCAUGUUAUGUAAAUAUGAUUAUUAUGAAAAAAAUUUUUAUGAUAACAGAGCAGUUCGAACUUUUUUCGACCUGCCUUUGCCACGUCGUUUACCCAAAACCUGUAAGCGAGUUUUAUCAUUAAUUUCGUAUUUGUUGAGAAGCAUACCCAAACCAAUUGAAUGUUUGCAUACAUAAGAUUUCAACCCACUUGGACAUGUACAUGAAUUAAGUGGGCAUACAAGCCAGCAAGAUUUCAACCAAAUAAUCAACUCGUCGAAUGAUGUCCACUGUUGAAGUUGAUACAUUAUGCUGCUUUAAAAUAAUAUCAGCUUCGUUGAGUGUAUUGACGAUAUUUAAAAUUUGAUAUUGCUUGCUUGACAUGUUUUUGCUACUGGAAUUUUUAUUUUUUUCUACACUUUUUUUUAUAUACAAAUCAUUACUCCAAUUAAUUAGAUUAUUUAUGAAUUGUCAUUGGAUUAAUGAAUAUGAGUAGAGCUUAUCCCAAUUUAAUAGCUAAGUACCUAUGAACUGCAGUCGUAAUUCGUUUAAAUCUUAAUUGAUACCUUUUGUACUGUUCUGUUCAUUUGGUGCUCAUUUCACCCUUUUUUAGUGCUCUUUUCACAUAUAAUCAAUUUGGUGCUCAUUUCACCCUUUUUUUGGUGCUCUUUUCACAUAUAAUCAAUUUUGGUGCUCAUUUCACUCUUUUUUUGGUGCUCUUUUCACAUAUAAUCAAUUUGGUGCUCAUUUCACUCUUUUCUUGGUGCUCAAAACACAUUUCUUCCAAGAUUUUACUACAAUUGAUACAUUAACAGGUUUUAAAUGGCUCGAAAAUAUAUCACAUCAAUUACUUAAUGAUAAAAAACAUGUUAUUUUUUGUUUUGAAGAUGUUAUUGAAUUUAUGUUCUUCUGGGAAAAUACACCAGUUCAUCGUAGUGAAUCUUAUUUGGAUGCUGAUGAAAACCAACCAAAAGAUUCUAAAGAUGAAGAAUAUAUUCCUGCUUUUUGUGGCGAAGGUAAAGAUAAAAAACCAACACUUCGUUGUUCAGCAUCAACACAAAUGAUAACAUUUUAUUUUGAUAAUGGUUGUGAAAUAAGAAUACAUGUCAGUGGAACUGAACCAACAAUUAAAUGA